AUGAGUAACAAUUUAAUUAUUAAAGCAACCCAUCAAGGCGAUAACAGAAGAGUAUCAUUUGAAAGAGACCCAACAUUUGAAGAAUUGUAUGGUACAUUAAAGAAUUUAUUCAAGAUUGAUCCAUUCAAUAUUACCUAUACUGAUGAAGAUGGUGACCAAAUCACCUUGUCGUCAGAGAUGGAAAUGAAAGAGGCCAUCUCUAUGAUCUCUGCCAACAAACCACGUCUCUUGCGUUUGGCUGUCACCAAACCUGCUGCUGCUUCUGCUGAACCAUCUGCUCCAGCCUCAGCUACUGACAAUGCAUCAUGUCAACAACCAAACUUGCAUCAUUUGGUCUCAUCUAUCAUCGGACCAGAACUUUUCAAGAAUUUGAACAAUGCAGGUGUUGCUGCUGCAAACAAUGUCGAUUCCACCAAACUCCAAUCCGACAUUUCAUCAGUAUUCCAAAAUCUCAGUGACCCAACUUGGAUCAAUUCUUUGGUUCAAUCAACUCUUGAUUCUCUCAAGGGAUUGAAUACCAAUCCAACUGAUACCACCUCUGCUUCUGCUCAACCAGCUGCUGCUGCCCCUGCUUCACCAGCAACUCAAGAUGUUAACAACAAUAACAACAAGGUUGAACAUCCAGGAGUAGUUUGUGAUGGAUGUAAUAUGGGAAUCUUUGGUAUCAGACACAAGUGUGCUGUUUGUCCAAACUAUGACCUCUGUGAAUCAUGCAAGGAGAAGGGAGAUGCCAUUCAUCCAACCUAUCAUCAAAUGUAUUCCAUUACCACUCCCAUUGGUACCUCUACCAGUGGUGGUUGUCCAAGAUUCCAAUAUGGAUGGCGUCAAUUCCACCAUAACAACAACAACAACAACACUGAUCAACAACAACAACAACAACCACCACAUCAUGGUGGAUACUAUGGUGGAUUUGGUGGUGGUGGAUGGAAUGGUCGUGGACGUUGGGGAUGUCAAAACAAGAAUAGAUACCUCUCUCGUUAUGUAUCGGAUAUGGCCACCAAGGAUGGAUCUCUUUUGACCCCAGGUCAAGGAUUCACCAAAAUCUGGCGUCUUCGUAACGACGGUAACCAACAAUGGCCAGAGAAUACCACUCUUUCCUUUGUUUCUGGUGACCGUAUGUCAUCGCCAGACGGUGUGACUGUCGAACCAGCCCUUCCAGGCAACGACGUCGAUGUCGCCAUCAACCUUGUCGCCCCAUCUACCCCAGGUCGUUACAUUGGUUACUGGAAGCUCUUUACUCCAGAAGGAAACGCAUACGGCCAACGUCUUUUUGCCGACGUCUAUGUUGAAGGUAAAAAGGAAGAGGUUGCAGUUGAACAAGUCAAGCCAGCAGUAGUAGAAGAGAAAAAGGUAGUCGAAAAGGUAGAACCAGUAGUCAAUGCUGAUGCUGCAGUAGACCAACCAUCAAUUGAAGAAAUUGAUGAGAGUGAAAAGCCAUUGUAUGACUUUGUAGCCAUUGGAUCUCCAAUUCCACUCGUCUCUCAAGUACCAGCUCCACUCCUCUUCCCACAAGUUCCAUCUGCUCCACCAGCUGCCCCAGAACCACUUGUUGCCGUCGUCCCAGAACCAGUUGUCGUUGUCCCAGAACCAGUCGCCGCUCCACUCCCAGAAGUUGCACCAAUCGUCGAUGAUAGUAAACGCGAAUGUAUUGCACAAUUGAUUGCCAUGGGCUUUGGUUCACACCCUAACCUCGCCGAGAUUGUCAAGAAGUAUAACUACCAACUCAACGAAAUUGUCGAUCGUCUCAUUGCCGAUUAA